CAGCAUCGUUUAUAGAGAUCAGUUGGAACUUCACCUCACCUGAACAACGAGCCGAUCACGAUGGAGAGUGUUUACACCGACAAGGGUAUCCCACCCAUUGGACCAUAUUCCCAAGCCAUCAAAGCAAAUGGUUUCGUCUUCGUGUCCGGUCAGAUGCCUGCGACCUUUGAAAAUGGCAAGAUCAAAUUGACCGAAGGCACUGUUACGGACAAGACUCACUCGUUGUGCCGCAACGCCAAAAUCGUCCUCGAAGCUGCAGGAUCGAGCUUGGACAAGGUUGUCAAGGUCACUGUCUUCUUUGCAGAUCUGGACGAUUUUGCCGAGAUGAAUAAAGUAUAUGAGCACUACUUCCCUCAAAAGCCGGCUCGAAGUGCCAUCGAGGCGAAGAGGCUGCCGGCAGGCGUAUCCAUAGAGAUGGAGUUGAUUGCGCUGCAGUGA